UAACCUACAAAUAUGAAUACAGAGAAUGACACAUGCACUUUAUGUGCCGAAUCCACGACCAAUUCCAACAAAGAUGUGAUAAAUUGCUAUGGAUUUUGCGGUAAACAAUUUCAUAUCAAUUGUUUAAUUAUGGAAAAUGGUAAUUACAAGAAAUCCAUUAUAAAUUAUCUAGUUUCAAUUAAGAAUUUACAGUGGUAUUGCGAUAUAUGUUUGACCUUUACGGUAAAUGGCAUCGCAUCAACUCUCGUGAAUAGUGCCAAAAUCAUAUCGGAAUUUCAAUCAAUUGAAGGUUUCCAACGCAGCCACUUCGGCAAAGCAAAUAAAUAGCGCGAAUUUAUCAUUAUCCGCUCCUAUUUUGACACAGUCUUCAGUAAUUCAUACUGACAUUCCAUCGACUACGAUCAAUCAGAUGGAAAUCGAUACCAAUAUCGUUGUUGAUAUCGAUGUAAACAGUACCGAUGUGAUUGACCCUGUUGUUAACGAAAUCAAUGACACCAGCAUAAUUUCGAUUUCGUGUGAUAUUUUGACAAAUGAUGUUCCGACCGUGCGACCAAAGCCAAAAGUUUUACGCAAGCGUCGUAGAUCUGUCAGUCCAUCGACUAGAUCAAAUGUGUCGACAAAUACAGUGUCAAAUCAACGCAAAAAGAAGGUGUCAAAGCCAACGAAUUUGACAAAGGCUAGCUCAGAGCCUAAUUCAAUGGCGGUUUCACAUCUCCAGUCAAAAGUCGUUGGCAGGAAUAUUACAGCCACCUCAAAUCCUAACAAGAAUUUGAAUUCCAAAGUGGCAAAUGGUGAUUUUGGGCAUCGGGUCGGUCAUACAAUUAACUCAAAAUUGUAUGAAACAAAAACGGUCUAUAUUUCACCGUUUCGGCCUGAUACUACUGUCGAUGAUAUCACCGAUCAUUUGAAAUCACACCAAUGUUACAGUGUUGUAGGUGACUUGAAGGUGAUCAAACUGGUGAGCCAAAAUAAAGACACCAGGAAAUUAUCGUUCGUUUCCUUUAAAAUAGAAGUGCCUAAUCAUUAUUUCGACAUUAUUAUGGACAGUUCCAUUUGGCCACCGGGCGUUAAAGCCAAAGAGUUUGUUGAAAAUUCACUGCCUGGCAAAAAAACUCUAAAUCAGUUCCACCUCCCAAACGAACCGUAAAGAAUCCAAAAAACAAGGAUCAUGCCUCGUUCAGGCCACCAAUUCUUGGUCGAAAUCGACGAAAGCCACAUCAAAGGCAAACAAUUUCACCGGAAAUUCCAUCGAUUGCCAACUUGUUGCCGCUGCUGUCUCAGUGCCUACUCAGUCCACUGAUGGGUUCGUACAGUCAGCCUCAACAAAAUCGUCGCAACUAAGCAACACAAAUCACUCUCUCUCUCCUCCAACGACUUUGGUGUGCAAUGAUAUUUAUUAUCAAAAUGUUCGUGGCUUGCGCACCAAAUCAAAACAAUUUUUCUGCAAUUCGUCGGCAUUUGCACAUUCGAUUGUUGUUUUAACGGAAACAUGGUUGAAGCAGUCUCAUUUUUCGUCAGAAUUCUUUGACAAUUCAUACCAUGUUUACCGUAAGGAUCGUUUUGAGACUGGUUCAUUGUUAAGUCGUGGUGGUGGUGUACUCAUCGCAGUCACCUCAAAACUAACAUCCACCAACAUUGUAUUCGAUGACGCAAGUGAAUUGGAAUAUGUCUGCGUUAAAGUCAGCAUUAAUACAAAACUCAAUGUAUUUAUGCGUAUAUUCCGCCAAACUCACAGCCGGAAAUAUACAAACGCCACUCGAUUGCCAUAAGCCAUAUUCCAUCGAGCCCAAUUGACACUAUUAUUGUAUUGGGAGAUUUUAAUCUACCUCUUGUCAAUUGGAUUAUGGAUGAAGAUGAACAUAAUGUUCUCAUUCCAACUUGCGUCACUCCAUAGCAUGCGGCGGUUUUUAUCGAAGACAUCACUGCCAAUGGUGUCUAUCAGAUUAAUUCUAUUCGCAAUGCCAGCAAUAAACUGCUCGAUUUAUUAUUUACGAACGAUUUCACGAACGUCGAAGUUUCUUGUCCACCGCCUUUAUCUGCCAUUGAUGAACAAUAUCAUCCACCUAUUACCUAGACGUAUGAAUGGCACAUAAAUAACUUAACUUAAGAGCAAAUUCCAACUAGAAACUUCCUUAAAGCCGACUACAUUGCAAUGAAUAGGUACUUUGCCAAAAUCGAUUUUUCCGAACACUUUUCAAAUAAGCCUCUUGACCAUAAAGUCGACAUUUUGCACCAAAUUAUUAACGAGGCG